GACACUCAGAGGUCACUGGACUGUAGACAUUCAGAGAUCACUUAACCGUAGACACUCCGAAGUCACUGGACCAUGUUUUAACUGGGUUACGGGAAUGAAAAUUAUUGAGAUGUUUUUUCAUGUAUAGACAUAGUGUAAUGUUGGUCACUGGACCAGAUUGAAAUUAUAACGACUAUUUAACAUUACUAUGGAUAUUGACGUUAGUCAAUUGCCUCGAACAUGGAGGAGGGGAGUCAGAAGAUGUGGAGAAACUUCUGAUAAUCGAACCACUGAAUCAGAAUCCAUAUACUGUUGAGAUAGAUGGGGAAAUUCGAAUAAAAUGUGUUGCUUCUGGCUUUUUACAAGAGGUUAAGACCUAUUGGGAAAGGAUGAAAGGACCAGGAAAUAUUAAACAUAUCACUAGCAUGUAUAACCCUACACCGGAAGAUUCUAAUAAAUAUGAAGCCAGUCAUGACUCAUCGUCGGGGGACGAUACAGUUGAUGAAUUUUACUUGACUAUCAAACAUAUAUCAUAUGAAGACGAGGCUGGAUAUAAUUGCUAUACAUUCUAUGGCGGAAAGAAAAUAGAAAGUACACUUCUGCUGAAAGUAGACGACUACACGAAAGCCUUUGACACUGUUCAAAGAUAUAUGUUAUGGUAUAAACUAUCAAAAAUUGGUAUUCAAGGUCCACCAAUUAUUAAAUUGUUUGAACAGUUUAUCAGUGUUCAAGAGGGAUUCACUGUCAAUUUAAGUUGCCAUUAUCUAGCGAAGCCAAAACCUUAUAAUACUUCCUACUGGAACCUAAAUGGGACAGAACUACAAACAGUCCACCACAGUGCCAAGUAUUUAGCUUCCUUUCGAAGCAUUCCUGGUAUUAUGCUUGGUUAUGGAGAAUUUAACCUGAAAAUAAAGGAUGCAAAGACAACAGAUUCUGGAAAUUACACAUGUUUAAUAGAAAAUUAUUUCGGCCGAGCAUUAGGAACUAUCGAGCUUCAAGUUUCCAAAGCAGGGAAUGAUCCUGUUCAAGACUCAGGUGUUGAACCAUUGACUAUUUCAAAGAUUUAUCCAGACUCUCGCACAUUGAACAGUGACUUAUACUCAGAAUUUAGGGUUAUUUGUGCAGUUAAGGGAUUUUCAUACCCGCAAAACAUGACCUGGCUAUUUUUUGGGAUUGUUGGAAACUACUUGCAGUUGUCAGCGGACGAAGAGGUAAUGAUCAGUGAUAUUACAAUAAAGACCUUUUCAACACAAAACAGGACAGGAUGUUUUUACACUUUGUAUGUUGAUAGACUACAUUAUAGUAACAGUGGAAAAUAUGUGUGUGAAGCUUCUAGUAUUGAUACUGGUUUAGCAAUGGAUUACCUUAACUUGACGGUAUCAGGUAAGGUUUCUUUUAAAUAA